AUGAGGUUUCUGCUCUUCUCUGAAUGGCUUGUGGACUGGGCUCGUGGCACAUACUGGUACCUGUUUGGCAGGAGAAGUGGACUGUGCAAGGAGACCAUAAGCCUUCCAAGCCCACUAGCUACAGAUGAAAAGAAAAAGAACAGAGUGCUUCAAAAAGAUAAAGUAUUUGAUGAGUUUGAGGUGCCCAGAAACCUGGACGUUAUUGUGAUUGGCAGUGGUAUUGGUGGUUUGACAGCAGCGGCAGUUUUAGCCAAACUAGGAAAGAAAGUCCUGGUGUUGGAGCAAGACAAGCAGGCAGGAGGCCUGUGUGAGACCUUCACUGAAAAAGGCUUCGAGUUUGACUGUGGCUUCCAUUACGUUGGACAACUUCAUGAAAACGGCUUCCUGAAAGUUGUGUUGGAUCUGAUCACUGAUGGCCAGGUGCAUUAUGCUGAGCAGGGUUUCCAUGUGGACACAGUUGUUAUUGGUAAAGGCAAACAACGUAAAGAAUACACUAUCUACAGUGGCAAGAAGCAGAUGGAGGCUCAUCUUAAGAAGCAGUUUCCCAAUGAUACCAAGGCAGUAGAGGAGCUGUUCAAAAUCAUGAAGAUCUGUUCCAAGAAGAUCCAUCUCCUGUGUAUGCUGAAGAUGGUCCCACUCUGGUUUGCUCGCUUCAUACUGUGGAAUGGAAUCGCGGACUUGAUCUCCCCAAUUUUCAGAUACUCCCGCACCAGUACAACAGACGUGGUCAAGUCUUUCACUAGCAACCAAGACCUCCUCACUGUGUUUUCUCAAAUAUUUUAUGGUGUCCCACCCAAAAACAACAGCUGCAUGAUUGACGCCCUCUUCCUGCACCACUCCAAGCAUGGCGUAUACUAUCCUAAGGGUGGUGCUAGCGAGAUCCCGUACCACAUCAUCCAGGUUUUGGAGCGGCAUGGAGGAAAAGUCCUUGUCAAUGCUCCUGUGUCCAGCAUUCUAGUUGAUAAAAAGCAAAAUGCGUACGGAGUGGCUGUGAAGACAGGGGGUGAAGAAGAUGUUGAAGUUCGGGCUCCUGUGAUCAUUUCAAAUGUUGGCAUGUUCACCACCUUCAAGAAGCUUCUGCCUCCAGAGAUUCAGGCAAAUCCGGAAGUCAUGGACUAUCUUCAUACUUUGAAACCAGGCAAAGGAUUUUUCCAGGUGUUUGCAGGCUUUAAUGCCACUAAAGAAGAACUGGGCAUCUCUUCAACCAACAUGCGACUCUAUAAGAGCAACAACAUGGAUGAAAUGAUGGAAGAGUACUUCGAUUCAGACAAGGACAUCGCACCUGACAACAUCCCCAUGAUGUACGUUUCCUUCCCCUCUGCUAAGGAUCCCACUUCAUGCACUCGUUUCCCAGGGCAGUCACGUAUGGUGAUCCACACUAUGGUCAAUCCAAAGUGGUUUGAACAGUGGCACAAUGUCAGUGAGCCUGAAAGGGGUGAAGAGUAUGAGAAAUACAAGAUGAGAUUUGCUAAUCAUCUCUUUGACUGGGCUUGUGUCCACUUCCCCAAGCUGAAAGAGAAGUUGGCAAUGUUGCAUGCAGUCACUCCCAUUAACAUGCAUGGGCUGAGGGCCACAUAUGGGUCCAUGCUGUCUGCAGAGCACAGUCUGGAGAGAUACCAGCCUCUGAACAUUGCCAUGACCAGGUGCAACACUCCUGUCAAGAACCUCUACCUGUCAGGGCAAGAUGUUUUCUCUGGUGGUUACUCUGGCGCGCUACAUGGUGGACUUCUCUGUGCUUCAACUGUUAUGGAUCACUGUCUGUAUAUUGACCUCCUGCUCCAGCAAAAGAAACUGAAGAGGAAGGUGGUCAAGAAAGUAGAGUGAGAAUAUGUGGUGUAAUAUUUGUACUCUUGAUGCUAUUCUCUUGUGGUUUUGCUGCACAUUUGUUCCCUGCAACUCUGAAUAAAGAUGUGAAUAAUGU